AUAUAUGUACAUGUGUUCACAUAAUCACCGUACAAUGUAACUGAAGUGAAUCGCUCAAAAGUCACAUUUUGCAUUUACACCAAUCCGGUUCCUAUUAUAUCAUACAGAAUUAUUCCAAAAUAGAAUUUCUGCUGUUGAUGCAUUUGUGCUGAGAGCUAUAUUACAUAGUCUGUGUUCGGUGUUUUUCCGAAUGACCGAAACGUGUUUGAUGAACAUUUCUUUUUUAAUUCAAUCCGAAUAGGAAUUUCGAAUUGACAACACAAAUAAAUAAUAUAUCGGAGCGCUCAGAGUAAACGAAAUCAAUUAACAUGUUAUUAAGACUGACCAAUUUGUCGAAGACAUUGUUAUCGAAACAUAAACAGUUCGCAACAGCGUAUAAAUCGCACAAACAACUAUUUACAUCGACUACGAAUCGAGAUCAACGUCAAUAUUCAACUAGUAUACCGCUCAACGAACAAAUAGUCACACCAUAUCCACCAUUAUCUAAGCCAUUAGAUGGAUUGCCGCUCGUUGAGUAUGCAAAACCAACGAUUGGACCGCGCGAAACUCAAAUAACAACACUACCAAAUGGAUUGAGAGUUGCAUCAGAAAGUCGAUUCGGUCAAUUUUGCACAAUUGGAGUUGUAGUUGACUCAGGACCAAGAUAUGAAGUGGCAUUCCCGAGUGGUGUUUCACAUUUCUUGGAGAAAUUAGCUUUUCAUUCAACUCAAGAGUUUUCGGACAAAGAUAAAAUUUUACGUGCUAUGGAAAAACAUGGUGGAAUAUGUGAUUGUCAAAGUUCACGCGACACAUUUAUUUAUGCAUCGAGUGCCGAUCGUCGUGGUAUUGAGACUGUAACACGAGUAUUGGCCGAAGCGGUACUCCGUCCAAAACUUGAAGAAUUUGAAAUUGAUUUUGCACGACAAGCGGUGCUAUUCGAAUUGGAAACACUUAAUAUGCGACCGGAACAAGAACCAAUUCUAAUGGAUCGAAUUCAUGCGGCCGCUUAUCGUGGUAAUACAUUGGGCUUACCAAAACUAUGUCCACAAGAAAAUGCAGAGAAAAUUGACAGAGACGUAUUAUUAUCAUUUUUGCAAUUGCAUCACACACCAUCACGUAUGGUUGUGGCCGGCGUUGGUGUCGAUCACGAUGAACUCGUUAAACAUGUUGAAAAAUAUUUCACAAUGGAAAGUACAUGGGAAUUGGAGACGCUAAAAAAUACAAGCAUUACUACAGUAGAUAAAUCAGUCGCCCAAUACACUGGCGGAGAGAUCAAAGAAGAAUGUGAUAUUCCAAUUUUCACGGCAGCUGGUUUGCCGGAGCUGGCGCAUGUUGUGAUUGGCCUAGAAGGAACAUCACAUCAAGAUCCAGAUUUUGUAGCAGUGUGUGUGCUGAAUUUGAUGAUGGGCGGCGGUGGAUCAUUUUCGGCCGGAGGACCUGGAAAAGGAAUGUACAGUCGAUUGUAUAGAAAUGUAUUGAAUCAAUAUCAUUGGAUGUACAGUGCAACUGCCUCAAAUCACGUUUAUGUAGACAGUGGACUUUUCUGCAUUCAUGUCAGCGCACCACCACAACAUAUUGGCAAUGCAGUUAAAGUAAUAACACGUGAAAUGGUUGCAAUGGCAUUAGAACCCGGUUCGGAGGAAUUACGACGUGCCAAGACACAGCUACAAUCGGUACUGCUCAUGAAUUUGGAAGCAAGACCAGUCGUUUUUGAAGACAUUGUACGGCAAGUUCUUGUCACCGGAACACGCAAAAAACCAGAACAUUUCAUGGAAGCAAUUGAAAAAAUAACCGCAGAAGACAUUCAACGUGUAGCAAAACGUAUACUCUCGUCACCACCAUCAUUGGCAGCUCGCGGAAAUAUUAAAGGAAUACCGGAGCUCAAAGACAUUCAAAAUGGCUUGAUGAAUAGUGACGGAAGUUUUUCGAAAUCAACAUUAAAUCGAUUACCAAAUUUUUCAUUAUUCAGAUAAAAUAACGGACAAUUUUUGUGUACAAUUAAUAUAAUAAAUCCUACCCAAAAAAAAUUGAAAAAUUGAGGUGUAAUUUCCAAUAAUAAAUUCAUUUUGACGUUCAAAAAAAAGUUUUGCAAAGUAA